GUGAGCUCACUGCAACGAUCGUCAGUUACCUCGUCCACUGCAGCACAACAAACAUGACUUGGAGUGUUUACACCGUGUUGGUGCUGAGUGUUGUGGCUGCUACAGUCGGUGCCCAGGACAGCUACAGUGGCUACGAUGGCAGUAGACUCGGGGGGUACAACGAUGGAGGACUAGGAGGCCUGGGCAGUGGAGGUUAUGGUGGAAAUGGGUUUGGAGGCUUAGGCAAUGGAGGGCUAGGAGGAUAUGGGGGAUUGGGCAACGGAGGUCUUGGCGGAUUAGGUGGUCUCGGGGGAUACGGAGGAAAUGGAUUUGGAGGACUGGGCAAUGGAGGUCUUGGGGGAUAUGACGGGAGUGGAUUCGGAGGAUUAGGCAAUGGCGGACUUGGAGGAUAUAACAAUGGUGGUUUAGGAGGAUUAGGUGGAUAUGAUGGAAAUGGAUUUGGAGGAUUAGGCAAUGGCGGACUUGGAGGCUAUAACGACGGUGGCCUCGGAGGAUAUGGAGGCAACGGACUUUUAGGAUUAGGCAACGGCGGCCUUGGAGGCUAUGGAGGAAAUGGACUUGGAGGAUUAGGCAAUGGCGGCCUUGGAGGUUAUGGAGGCAACGGAUUUGGAGGAUACGGGAAGUAGACAGAGAGUCCACACUUCAUCGACAUCAGAGUGAAGGAUGCUGCACUCUGCGCUCACAGCACCGCGAGUGAACACUUGGGCUUGUAAUGCUGUCAACGAAUAUCGAUGAUAAAGAAUUUUUAUUUUUAAUCUUCAUUUCGUUUUUGCUUUCACCCUUCCUCGUGAACGAGAGGUCGCGUACAUCAUCAUCUACCUUGUUUCUCGACCAGCAACUCCAGUUAAUGUGUAGAAUGAGAAGUAGA